AUGUUAGGAGAUAUAAUGGAAAGCGUAAAAGAAAAGGAUCCUGUGUUUGGAAAAUGGGCAGUGUCAUCUAGUGACAAAGGAACUGUGUGGUGUGAUGCUAGCAGCUUGGCGAUCGGUAUUUGCAUUGAAAUUGAUGGUGAAAUAGUUGAGGACGCGUCUUGGCUAAGGAAAGAAGAUGAUUCGGCGCAUAUUAACUUAGCUGAGUUAGAGGCUUUGUUGAAAGGAGUGAACUUAGCUUUGAAAUGGAAUUUGAAGGAGUUAUACUUGGUCACAGAUUCGGCCACCGUUUAUGCUUGGGUAACAUCCAUAUUAACAGGAGACCGACGUAUUAAAACACAUGGGAUGGGUGAAGCUCUUGUAAGAAGACGGUUGGGUUUGUUAAAAGACCUCAUAUCAGAAUGUGGCCUUAAGGUGAGGAUGGAUCUGGUUAAAUCGCAAUUUAACAAAGCAGAUCGCCUGACGAGAGUUCCUAAAAAGUGGUUGGCAAGAGAGGAGGAAAAGACCAGUAUUGCAAUGAUGGGUGAAGAAGAGGAGGAAAAGACCAGUAUUGCAAUGAUGGGUGAAGAAGAGGAUGAGGAUAAACAAAAGUUGGUCAAAAGAAUCCAUGGUCUGCAUCACUUUGGUGUUAAUCGAACUCUUUUCACAGUUAGGCGUUGUUACCCAGCCGUUGAGUUUAGUAAACAGGACGUUGACUGCGUAGUCAAAUCAUGCAAAGAAUGUUUAUCUGUUGAUCCAUCCCCCAUCAAAUGGAAGCCGGGGCACUUGGAUUGCGACAAGAAUUGGCACAGGCUUGCGAUUGAUGUGACUCAUUAUGGGUCAUAUAAAUUUCUUACAAUUAUAGAUUGUGGUCCAAGUCGGUUUUGCAUUUGGCGACGGAUCCCAAGUGAGACUAAAGAACAGGUAGUAAAAAUCUUACUUGAACUGUUUUCAGAACGAGGUCCACCCCAAGAACUAUUAAUGGACAAUAGUGCAACAUUCAGAUGUGAACAAAUUGAACAACUGUGUGAGGAAUGGGGGGUUAUCCGUCGUUUUAGGUGUGUGAACCGUCCGUCCGGCAAUGGAAUCGUUGAACGAAACCAUAGAACAAUAAAGAGAAUGGCAACAAGAACCAGAAGAAGUGUUCAAGAAAUGGUAUAUUGGUAUAAUCUAACACCAAAAGAAGAUUUGAAUGAAGAGUCGACACCAAGCUCUAGAUUGUUCUGCUACAGGUGGAGGUGUAAGGGCGAACCUGUAAAUUGUGACGAGCAACUAAGAACUGAGUUUUCACCUGAUGAACCUGUGUUUGUCAAGCCUAAAAAUUCCUUAUGUACUACGAGAUGGAAGCCUGGUGUGGUCUCACGGCAGCUCUCACAAACCAGCGUAGAGGUUGAUGGUAUGCCACACCAUAUUGCUGAUGUCCGUCGUGCUGGUGUUGACACCACGGGGGCGUGUGCUUGUGAUAUAAAUUAG